UGAUGAUGAUGAUGAUGAUGUUGAUGAUGAUGAAAUUAAUGAUGCCAACAACAUAGAUAAUGAUCAAGAUGAGCUUUCAAGGUGGAAGAAAAGAUCUAUCUUUUUUGAUUUGCCAUACUGGGAGGAACUUCCAUUGCGACACAAUUUAGACGUAAUGCACGUAGAGAAAAAUGUUUGUGAAAGCAUAAUAAGUACAAUAUUGCAUUCUGGAAAGUCAAAAGAUGGGGUUAAUGCUCGAAAAGAUCUACAGGAUAUGCACAUCCGAAAUGACUUACACCCACAAUUUCGUGGUACCAAAACAUAUCUACCACCAGCUCCUUGGACAUUAUCAAGGUUUGAGAAAAAAAAAUUUUGCAAGAGACUAUAUGAUUUCAAAGGACCUGACGGUUAUUGCUCAAAAAUCGGAAAUUGUGUGGCAUUAGAAGAAUGUAAGAUUAUUGGUCUCAAAUCUCAUGAUUAUCAUGUUCUAAUGCAACAGUUGCUUCCAGUUGCUCUACGAGGAUUGCUUCCAAAAGGUCCUCGAACGACAAUACACCGGUUAUGUAUUUUCUUUAACAAGUUAUGUCAACGUGUAGUUGAUCGAGAGAAAAUUGCAAUACUUGAGGAAGAGGUUAUAGAAACUCUAUGCAUGCUUGAAAGAUAUUUUCCACCAUCUUUUUUUGAUAUUAUGGUACACUUAAUAGUUCAUCUAGGAAGAGAAGUUCGAUUAUGUGGACCUGUUCACUUUAGGUGGAUGUAUCCAUUUGAAAGAUAUAUGAAGAUACUUAAAGACUAUGUAAGAAAUUAUGCACGGCCUGAAGGGUGUAUCGCUGAAUCAUAUAUUGGAGAAGAAUGUAUUAGAUUUUGUAGUGAGUUUUUGAAAAAAUCUAUACGGGUAGAGGAAAAAGAGAUUCGCAAUGAGGAAUUUUCUAGUGAAGUAAUACUUGAAGGCCGUCCAAUUUCCGGAGCCACGUCAAUAACAUUAAGCAACCGAGACAAAAGAAUUGCACAUCUUGCUGUUCUUAUGAAUACAUCCGAAGUGGAUCCAUAUUUAGACAUGCACUUGACGGAGUUGCAAGACUCAAACGUGCGUUUAAGAAAAGAUGCAACAUUGCUUUGGAGUAGACAUACCGAAAAAUUUGCAGAAUGGAUAAAAGACAAGGUAAACCAUGGUUGCUAAUGGCAAGACCAGGUGUUCAAAAAAAAGAAAGUCUGGUGGAGAGAUCACACAAGCUGUUAUUCAUUCUAAUGCACAAGAUGGUAUCAUGCAAGCAAACCUGGAAACAUGUCGAGAUACAUCAAUGCCCAGUGAAAAUAGUCUUCAACAAUACUCAAAUUCCCUCAAAGAAAUGAACCAAGAAGAUGUAUCAUUAUCAGAAGAUUCAACAGAAGGCCUUAUUGGAUCUAAAAAGACUAGGGGUCCAACUAAAAUGAGAAAGAUUGCUAUAGAGCCUGGAAGUCGUGUACAUGUCGACUUUACUGAUAAAGGUCAACCAUGUGGAGAUGGGUCAAUUAAAUUAUCUUCUUAUUUAGGUCCACUGGUAAGAGAACAUGUACCUGUAACUCUUCAAAAUUGGAGAAAGCUUGGUGAAAAUAUAAAAGUAGUUUUAUGGAAAUCAAUUCAGGCAAGAUUCGAUGUGGGUGGAGAAUGGAAAAAAGAAGUUUUAUUUAGAUCAAUGGGAUGUCAGUGGAGGGCUUCAAAAUCAAGGCUAGUAAAAAAAAUACGAGAAGCAAAAAAUGAAGAAGAAAGACUUCAACUGCAACCUAAGAACAUUCAAAAUAGAGCUGAGUGGAGAAAAUUUGUCCGAGAAAAAAUAAGUUCAACAUUUACAGGUGUCAGUGAAAAAUAUAAGGCAAUGAGGCGUAAACAAAUCCCACACACAUGCAGCCGGAAAGGAAUGGCACGACUGGCAGAAGACAUGAAAAUAAAUAGUGCAGCCUCAUCUUCUGUGUCGAGGGUCAAAGUUUGGAUUAAAUCACGUACCAAAAAAGAUGGUACACCAGUUAAUACAACAGUUUCAGAAACUAUAGAGAAACUCAAUGAAUUUGAAAUUGAUUCACCAUCCUCAUCAACAACAAAUGUGAGAGAGGACUCUCUUACCAAGGUCCUUGGACAAGAUAGAUGUGGACGCGUGCGAGGAAUGGGAAGAGAAAUGACAAUGAGCAAAUUGGCAUUGUUUCAAAUCAAGAGUGAUUAUGUAGCUGAGAUGGAAGAAAGAAUAAAAAAAUUAGAGAAUAUUGUCAACACAGGGGUAAAAGAUAAGAUUCAAGAAAAUGCAAAGGUGGACAAAAUACCUCCAAAGGUUGUCAAUACCAUGUCAGUGAAUAAGUGUAAGUUAUUAGAUUGGCUUGGAACAGAAGAUAUUGUUGCUGAAGGACAUUUGAUAUCAGAUGAUCCAGAAGAGCUAGUUGAUAAAAUUCCUUUGGGACCAAAUGCAUUGAAAGUUUGCGUUGAUAAUCCAAAUAAACCCGAUGCUUUUCUAUGGAGACCUACAACUACUAUGACUUGUAUGCAACAAGCUCAAGGUGAACCGAUUGCCUGGCCUGUUGACCGCGUUAUCAUACAAACAGAGCAACAUUCUGAGAGGCGAGAAAACACGUCCUCACAUUCGAAUACUUCAAGAACUAGAUGUAUAUUAUUCGAUUGGAGUGGAAAAAAUGAAAUAGUUGCUGAAGGUUUCUUGCAAUCGAGUGACCCAAAUGCUUUGGUCAAUAAUAUUCCUCUCGGACCCAAUGCCAUGAUAGUUUGUGUAGAUGUUGCAAUAAUUCCUGAAGCAUUUCUCUGGCGUCCUACAGUGGAUUUGGUACGCGUUAAAGAUGCAGUUAAUUCAGCUAUAGCUUGGCCAGCUAGUAAUGUAAUUCUUGAAAAGUCGACAGAAACUCGAGAAGAAAAUCGAUCAUCUCCUACGAGUGUGAAUACUAACAAUGUAAGGAAAAAGUGCAAGUUGUUGGAUAUUCGUGGAUCUGGUGAAGUAGUUGCAGAAGGACGAGUUAGUUCAAGUGAUCCAAACGAGUUAGUUCAUUUUGUUCCUUUAGGUCCUAAUGCUAUGCGAAUUUGGAUUGAUACUGUGAAAGUUUCUAUCGCAUCUCUUUGGAGGCCUACAUCUGAAAUGGAAUUCAUGGAAGAUGCAUUUGGAACUACAGUAGCAUGGCCAUCAGACAAAGUGAUUAUAUCUUAGAGUUUGGUAAAAGAAUGAUUAUGGAUAUGGAUAAUGAAUGUGAGGUGCAAUUCAUGUAGACAUGACUUCUUUGCCGGAAUCCUUUCGUUUUUAAAUAUUAUUCAUACAUUUUUAUAUUUAUAUGUUUUUAUACUUUGGUAAUAUGAAUGUUACUAGCUAGAUAGCUAUUUUUGGUUUUUAGAUUUUUGACUUUGGUUGAGAUUAUAUUAAUGAGAAUGAUUGUAUUGUGUUAUCUUGAUCAAUCAUGAUGGUAUAAAUUUCAUUCUGUCA